AUGUUGUUUCCUUCACAAAUCGUUGACUAUGAAUAUGACUGUAUAAUUGGCAAGGAACUGAAAAAGAUCCGUAUAGGGGAGAUCAAAACCAAGUAUACAGUCAUCAUCUUCUAUCCUUUGGACUUUACCUUUGUGUGUCCAACAGAAAUAACAAAAUUCUCAGAUCUUUACGAUGAGUUUGUAAAACUUGAUGUGACUAUUCUUUUUUCUUCUUGUGACUCGGUCUAUUCUCAUUUAAACUGGAUCAAUAUGAGCAGAGAAAAUGGUGGUGUUGGAGAAGUGAAAUGGCCAAUGAUUUCUGAUAUUUGCCACAAGCUCUGUUCACAGUUUAACCUUUUUGACGAGGAAUCAGGAACUACCAUGAGAUCCACUGUUAUUCUUGAUAAGAGCAAGAAAGCCGUUCAUCUUAGUGCCAACAUCAAUCCAGUAGGACGUUCGUCAAUAGAGAUCCUCAGGCUUAUAAAGGCUCUGGAUUUCCAUGAGUCUAACGGCGAUGUGUGUUUUGUUGAUUUUGAAGGCAAGUAA